AUGCCUACCUUGGGAACGCCUAUCACCCUCACCAAGCCUUGCAUCAUCAUUGGAAUAGCGGGAAUAAGGAAGCAGAAUGCCUUAUUUCAGUAUUUUUCAGACACACUUACUGCAGCUGUUCAAAACGCCAAAAAGAAUGAAAGAUACGACAUAGGCAUCUUAGAUCUUGGUUCUGGAGACGAAAAGGUGAGGAAAAGUGAUGUAAAGAAGUUUCUGACUCCUGGAUAUUCAACCUCUGGGCAUGUAGAGCUGUACAUGAUUAGUGUGGAGCGGGGCAUGUCUUGGGAGGAAGCAACCAAGAUCUGGGCCGAGAUGACAGGACCGGACGAUGGUUUCUACUUGUCACUACAGAUAAGGAACAACAAGAAAACUGCCAUCUUGGUUAAAGAAGUGAACCCUAAAAAGAAGCUUUUCUUAGUUUAUAGACCAAAUACUGGGAAACAGCUAAAACUAGAAAUUUACUCUGAUCUUAAAAAGAAAUACAAAAAGGUGGUCUCUGAGGACACUCGGGCGCACUGGUUAGAGCAGUACAACUCGUCUGCAGAUACCUGUACCCAUGCUUACUGGCGUGCCAAUUGCAAAAAAGCAAGCUUGGGAUUAGUUUGUGAAAUAGGUCUUCGCUGCCGCACAUACUAUGUACUAUGUGGCUCUGUCUUGAGCGUGUGGACAAAAGUUGAGGGUGUUUUAGCAUCGGUCAGUGGCACAAACGUGAAAAUGCAAAUAGUGCGGCUGAGAACGGAGGACGGACAGCGGAUCGUGGGUUUGAUCAUUCCGGCCAAUUGUGUGUCCCUGCUCAUAAACCUCCUGUCGACUUCAGACCAGUCUCAGCAGCUUGCGGUCCAGCGGAAGCAGCUGUGGCAGCAGCACCACCCGCAGAGCUUCACCAACCUGAGCAACGCUUAG